CAAAAUACGAAACAGGAGGUUCACACUUCACACUGGCCACUCAUCACUUCCUGCUUCUCUCUCACCUCCCAUUUCUUAAUCUCUCUCUCUCUCUCUCUCUCUCUCUCUCUCUCACAAAAACAUGCAACUUCUUCAUGUUCCUUCUUCACUCUGCCUCUCCUUUCAAAACGUAAAAACCCAUGAAGAAGCUGGACUGCCUUCAUAUGAGAAGCCUCUUCAAUUAUCAUCAGCUAUUUUCUGUUCUCUUCAGCAGCAAAGACCUGAAAGGUCUAAAUGGGCAUCUCGUAGAGGCUCUGCAUUGAGCUCCUUCACAGCUAAAGCUGCUUCUUUGGAAGAUGUAGCUGGUGCUCCUGCAAUGUCAAAGGGGACAGCUGAGAGUGAUGUACUGAAAGCAUUGUCUCAAAUCAUUGAUCCAGACUUCGGGACAGACAUUGUCUCAUGUGGAUUUGUGAAGGAUCUGCACAUCAAUGAGGCUUUGGGAGAGGUUUCUUUUCGGUUAGAGCUCACUACACCAGCAUGUCCAAUAAAGGACAUGUUUGAACAAAAGGCAAAUGAGGUGGUGAACUUGCUUCCUUGGGUCAAGAAUGUCAGUGUGACUAUGUCAGCGCAGCCAGCAAGGCCCAUUUAUGCAGAGCAACUUCCGGCAGGGUUACAGACAAUUUCAAAUAUUAUAGCAGUUUCUAGUUGCAAGGGAGGCGUGGGAAAAUCAACUGUAGCAGUAAACUUGGCAUAUACUUUGGCUGGUAUGGGUGCUAGAGUUGGUAUAUUUGACGCGGAUGUCUACGGUCCAAGUUUACCAACAAUGGUCUCCCCUGAGAACCGAAUACUAGUGAUGAACCCGGAGAAGAAAACCAUAAUUCCUACUGAAUACUUGGGAGUGAAGUUGGUGUCUUUUGGAUUUGCUGGACAAGGUCGUGCAAUAAUGCGAGGCCCAAUGGUUUCUGGGGUCAUCAACCAACUGCUAACUACAACUGAGUGGGGAGAGCUGGAUUACCUUGUUGUUGACAUGCCCCCUGGAACUGGUGAUAUUCAGCUUACUUUGUGCCAGGUUGUUCCAUUAACUGCUGCUGUUAUUGUUACCACCCCUCAAAAGCUAGCAUUUAUUGAUGUUGCGAAAGGAGUUCGCAUGUUUUCAAAGCUUAAGGUGCCAUGUGUUGCUGUAGUCGAGAAUAUGAGCCAUUUUGAUGCUGAUGGGAAACGUUAUUACCCAUUUGGUAGAGGAUCGGGCUCUCAGGUUGUAGAGCAGUUCGGUAUCCCGAAUCUGUUUGACCUUCCCAUUAGACCAACUCUAUCUGCUUCUGGAGAUAGUGGAACGCCUGAAGUGGUAGCUGAUCCUCUAGGUGAAGUUUCUAAGACAUUUCAGGACAUCGGAAUUUGUGUUGUGCAACAGUGUGCUAAGAUUCGCCAACAAGUGUCUACAGCUGUGACCUACGACAAAUCUAUCAAGGCAAUAAGAGUGAAGGUACCGGAUUCAGAUGAAGCAUUUCUUCUCCAUCCUGCAACUGUGAGACGGAAUGACCGCUCUGCUCAAAGUGUGGAUGAAUGGACAGGGGAGCAAAAGUUGCAGUUUGCUGAUGUUCCAGAAGAUAUUGAACCUGAAGAGAUUCGGCCCAUGGGAAAUUAUGCCGUCUCAAUAACGUGGCCAGACGGAUUUAGUCAGAUUGCACCUUAUGAUCAGCUGCAGACAAUCGAGCGGCUAGUUGAUGUUCCUCGACGAGUUCCUUCCCAGGUAUGAUAGCUUCAAGUGAAUAUUAAUAGGGUGUCACAGAUCCUUCCACACAGCACACACAGUUAGUUUUUCUGUAAAAAUUAGACUGGAGUUCUGAUGUUCCUGGGUUCGGGGCAUAUUUGUAAAAGACCAUUCCGAUAAUGAAAAUCUUACUAAAUCUGGUCCA